AUGGUGAAUCUAUUGCCCUUUCAUAAGAAUAAUCGACAAAGCGCGGGCGUCGUCACCUUCACAGACGACGUUGGCGGCAGCAGCGCCGGCGACAAGAAGGACGACAACGUUGUCCAGGUAACGGAGUCGGCAUCCUCCGGGUCGCGCAACAACCACCAGCGCUACGACAACGAAAAAGAUGACGAUAUCCGCAUGGAAAAGAUCUCCAAGGACCAGUCCGCGUCGUCCAACGGUACCAUCCACGAGGAACUCGUGAUGGACGUGGACUUGGAGAAGUCGCCCUCCGCUGACGGCGACAACGAGCCGCGCAAACUGAAGCAAGGCCUGCAAUCGCGUCACGUGCAGCUUAUCGCGCUCGGUGGUGCCAUCGGUACGGGGCUGCUCGUGGGGACAUCGUCCACGCUUCACACUUGCGGCCCCGGGGGGCUGUUCAUAUCGUACAUCAUUAUCUCCGCCGUGAUCUAUCCGAUCAUGUGCGCGCUCGGCGAAAUGGUGUGCUUCUUGCCCGGUGACGGUUCUGAUAGUGCCGGGUCCACGGCCAACCUGGUCACUAGAUACGUCGAUGCCUCGCUGGGCUUUGCCACGGGGUGGAACUACUUCUACUGCUACGUGAUCUUAGUGGCCGCCGAAUGCACGGCCGCGUCAGGUGUGGUGGAGUACUGGACCACCGCGGUGCCCAAGGGUGUCUGGAUCACGGUGUUUUUAUUGGUGGUCGUGCUGUUGAACUUCUCCGCCGUCAAGGUGUACGGUGAGUCCGAGUUUUGGUUUGCCUCCAUCAAGAUCUUAUGCAUUGUCGGGCUGAUAAUUCUCUCGUUUAUCUUGUUUUGGGGCGGUGGCCCCAAGCAUGACCGUCUUGGGUUCCGCUACUGGCAACAUCCGGGCGCCUUCGCGCACCAUCUCACCGGGGGCUCGCUGGGUAACUUCACUGAUAUCUACACUGGUAUCAUCAAGGGCGCCUUCGCCUUCAUUCUGGGCCCGGAACUAGUCUGCAUGACUUCGGCAGAAUGCGCGGACCAACGUAGGAACAUUGCCAAGGCUUCGCGCCGCUUCGUGUGGAGACUAAUCUUCUUCUACGUUCUGGGGACGCUGUCCAUCUCCGUUAUUGUUCCCUACAACGACCCGGUCUUGGUCAAUGCGCUGGCGCAGGGCAAGCCGGGCGCGGGUUCGUCUCCCUUCGUGAUCGGGAUCCAGAACGCCGGUAUCAAGGUCCUUCCCCACAUCAUCAACGGGUGCAUCUUGACUAGUGCGUGGUCCGCCGCCAACGCGUUUAUGUUCGCGAGUACGAGAUCGCUGCUGACCAUGGCACAGACGGGCCAGGCACCCAAGUGCCUGGGCAAAAUCAACAGGUGGGGGGUUCCCUACGUGGCCGUGGCCGCAUCCUUCCUAUGCUCUUGCUUGGCCUACUUGAACGUGUCGUCGUCAACGGCAGACGUUUUCAACUGGUUCUCCAAUAUCAGCACCAUUUCCGGGUUCCUGGGCUGGAUAUGCGGCUGCAUCGCGUACCUCAGGUUCCGCAAGGCGAUUUUCUACAACGGGUUAUACGACAGGUUGCCCUUCAAGACUUGGGGGCAACCCUACACCGUGUGGUUUUCUUUGAUUGUGGUCUCCAUCAUCACCAUCACUAACGGCUAUGCGAUCUUCAUCCCCAAGUACUGGAAAGUGGCGGACUUUAUCGCCGCCUACGUCACAUUGCCUAUCUUUUUGGUUCUGUGGUUGGGGCACAAGCUCUACACCAGGACCUGGCACCAGUGGUGGCUCCCCGUGUCCGAAAUCGACGUCACCAGAGGCUUGGUGGAGAUCGAGGAGAAGUCAAGAGAAAUCGAAGAGUUGAGACUGCCCCCCACCAGUAUCAAAGAUAAGUUUAUGGACACCUUGUUGUAA